AGCUGCACAGCGCGGCGCUAAAUUGUAGCUCAUAACUCGCCCAGCGGGCACCCGAAACGCUGCCCCCGGCGACGACACAGCCGUGAGAGUGGGCGGCGGCAGCCCCCCCGCCGAGACGCGGGGCAAACCAUGCCCGCCCUGCCCUACUUAGAUUUUGGCCCGCGCUCCGCGAAGGAGGCGGCGGCCGCGCCCGUGAGCUUGGAGGUGGACAGCCCCGUCAAGCCGGCGCGUAGUUUGAGAUUGCAGCGCGCGCGCGCGGCGGCCAUCCCCAAGGCCACGCUGCUCGACCGCGCGCGGCGCAAGCCCAUCGCCAUCGUCGACGUCCAGAAGACGCCCGAGUUCAAGCGCGAGAAGCUCAUUGAGAGCGACGACGAGGACGACAAUAAGGAAGAGAAGGAGGCGUCCCCGGCGAAGCGCGAGUCUCCCAAAAAGAAGGACAGCGCGCUCGAGCGCGCGGCGCUCCUGCGGCGCCUCGGCGCGAACGAAAGUAGUGAAGAGGGCUGGGCCACGGCGAUGACCUUUGGCGGCGGCACCUUCGCCCCGAGCAUGGCAAAGCAAGGCGUGCGCAGCGCCGAGCUCGCGUUCCUCGAGAACAUGGAGGGCCUGAGCGGCGAGCACGUCCUGAAGAGGGCCAUCCUCCACCCGGAGCUCCACAAGGCCUGCCGCGCGCUCUCGCCCCGGUCCAUGCUGGACCUGCAGCGACGGGUGCGAGGGAAGAUGGCGGCGCAGGUCGAAACACUACGCACCAAAUUCACGCGCGAGCUCGCCGAGUUAGAUUCAAGGGGCGUCUUCCACCCCGAUGCGAAUGUGAGAAGAGUGCACACGCGCUUCCUCGCGGCGGUGCAGCGCGAGGUGAAGCUCGGCGACAUCGAGGCGACUUGUCUAAGGGAGCUGCUCGCGGACCGGGGCAAGCAUGUCACGAUCCAGGAGCCGCCGCCGAGCCGGCCCCGGACGAGCGAGGGCCCGGUCACGGCCGCGGGCCUGCCGAACCCGGCGGCGGUCGACCGCUCGAAGCUCCUGACGGACGAUCAAGUAUUCAGACAGUUCGUGACGUGGCACCGCGCGAAGGAGAAGCUCGACCGGCAGCAGCUCACGCAACGGGGCCGGCCGGGGCCCCUGCCGGCGACCGAGUCCUUCGUGAAGUCGUUCGCGGCCCUGGGGCCGCCGGACUUUGCGCGCGUCGGCGAGGGCGCGCACGUGACGGAGCGGGCCCACGGGUCGACCCGCGAGCCCUUCGAGAACUCCUUCGCCCGGGGGAACCGGGCCAUCGACCACCAGCGCGACCGCGAGCGGGCGGCGCAGGCCGCGCACGCCGCGCGGCGGGCGCUGGACAAGGCCGCGGAGGCGCGCAAGAUCGCCCGGCUCCAGGAAAAGGAAAGGGCGAAGGUCGAACGGCGCAAGCGCGAGGCCGAGGACCAGCGGCGGGUUCGCGAGGCGGAGCGGCGCCGGGCCUCGCUCGAGUCGAUGCCGUCGCUAACGCGGUCGCGGCCGGUGACGAGAGGAGACGACCCCCAGCUGAAGCGGCGCCUCGAGCGCGUCUGGCUCCUGUUGAAAUUACCGAUGGCGACGCGCCUCGCGUUCCUCCAGAAGUACGCGUCGGUCGAGCACGCGCCGCGCCUCGAGCAGGCCGUCGGCCUCUGGGAGCGCGCCGCGGAGGCCUACCCGCGCCUCGCGAAGCUGCGGCGCGUGGAGGCGCGCCUGGCGACGGGCGAGCUCUUCCAGGCCCAGGACUUCGUGAGCCUUCUGCGGGGCAUCCUCGUGAAGGGCGACCCGGCGCCGCCCGACGUCCUCGCGGAUCCGCCGGUCGUCGACGCCGACGCCGCGGCGGAGGGCUGCGACCGGGGCGCCGCGGCGGCGUGGCUCGCCGAGUGCGUCGAAACGUACGUGGGCCGGUGCGAAGCCGCCGCGGACGAGGCGGAGGCGGUCCUGGGGGACGCGAUGCCUUCCCAUAUAGAUUUCGCGCCGCCGCCGGAGCCGCCAAAAGUUCAACGGUCGCGGGCGGGCUCGGAAGCGUCGCUCGGGAGCCGGGCAUAAGUAGCAUGUGAU